AUGCUCAAGUAUUCGAUCAUCUUUGCUGCUGUCUUGUCCAGCCUGUCUGUAUCUGCUGCACCUGUUCAGGAGCGCAGCAGUUCUGGUGGCCCUGCUCUUUUCUCUGAAGCCUCUGCAGCGGCGGCUCUCCUUGCUGCUCAAACCGCCUAUAUCGUUGGUGGUGGUGACAAGAAAGUCUGGUCGUAUGCCCCCAACAACCAAACUGGGACGGUCUCUGCAGACACCAUCGUCAAAUAUGGCCGCUACUCGGGCGCAGCCUACAAGGUUCUAGACAUGACAUGGACAUGCAGCAUCAACUGCAAGGCUGCCGACACGAAGGGCACGGUUGUUGACUACCACUGGGACACGGCGAAAACGACCAACCCUAGCUUUGGCUUCGUUGCCCAUAAGGACGACACCAAAGAGAUCAUCGUCAGCUGGCGUGGCACGACUAUUCUGAUGGACUGGGUGAAGGACUUAACCUACUUCCCAGUAUCAUGGCCACCGUCGAUUGCUGGCUCCCAGGUUCACCGAGGAUUCCUGCAGGCUUACUCAUCAGCAUCAGCCCAUAUUGAAGAGACAGUUGCUAAGCUGGUCGCAAAAUACCCUGACUAUAGCAUUGUGCUGACUGGGCACUCGCUUGGUGGUGCACAGGCGACUAUUGCAGCCGUAGACUAUGCGACGCGCCACCCGGAAUGGCUUAGCAAGCUGAAGCUGUUUACCUACGGACAGCCGCGGGUCGGCAACCCGAAAUUCGCUGGCUGGCUAUCACAGCAGCCGUUCCCGAUUUACAGAACCGUUUAUAAGGGGGAUUUGGUACCGCGGGUUCCAUUCCAAUUCAUGGGGUUCCAGCAUAUCUCGCAGGAGGUCUGGUAUAACGAGAACGGCAGGCUAAAGUUCAUGGGCAGCAACGGCGAGAAUGCAAGUGGUCAGAAUAGUCUGCUCCCUUUGCAGUGGAACGUGCCUGACCAUCUGAGAUACCCUGGCCUUAGCUUUGAGCUGCUCUACUGGGCAAUUGGCAACAUCGAGAGCAUUCCUUAAUAACUUUUGUUAGUAUACGUUUAAUUAGAAUACCUGGAGAUAGCCAAAUGAAUGUUUUUGUUUCAUAAUGGCAACGAAAUGCCCAGUUGGACAGUUUGCUGUUUCGUCACCCGAUGAGUCGCUGUUGAAGGGACUGCAAGUGGGCCGUUUGAGAGCCUCCGCAUGGGUUUGCAGCUGCC